CACAUGUAAGCCCAACAACCGCCGGGAACUGCAAGCUUCAUCCUACAUGCAGCUGCGCCGUAGACCAACCCCUCAACGCUGACACCUUACGUAUGAUAAGAUUGACAGGGUCAUCGGAAAUGAGGAUGGGUGCCUAUACGAUACUAGUACUUAGGUGGUUAUAUCCGCCACGGCUCACGGGGAAGGGCUAGCAGCGCAUGACGUCGAACAUCACAUUUGCAGGCUGGCCGAGCGAGGUCAGUUACUAGCAAACGAAUCGUGACAAUUGAGGUUUGUUCUAAAGCAUAGCAGAAAGGAUCACAUCCACCUCAGGUUUGCACAAUGCCUGACGCCUCAACCAAGGGUGUCCCAGCACCUGAGUUGAACAUUCCACCCUCCUCGCACACAGUCGACGUUUCCAUCAUCAACACAACCUCUUCCAUACGCGGAAUCCCAACGAGCAUGUUCUUUGACUCGCCUGUCGAGGGCCACGACUGGCUUGGAAUUCCCAUCUAUUCCUUCCUCAUCCAGCACCCCACCCUCAACCGCUCCUUGCUGUUUGACCUGGGCAUCCGCAAAGACUGGACCAACCUCAGCCCCUUCCUGCUCUCCAUGCUAAAGACGACGUCGUUUACAAUGCACGUGGAAAAAGACGUGCGCGAGAUACUCGACGAAGCCGGCGUCGACACGGCCAACGUCGAAGCCAUCGUCUGGAGCCACUGGCAUUGGGACCACGCGGGCAACCCCAACACCUUUGGCCCGAACACAAAACUCAUCGUCGGCCCAGGCUUCAAGGAGAACAUGCUCCCCGGGUAUCCGGCCAACCCGCAAUCUCCCAUCCUGGAAGAAGACUAUGCCAACCGUGAACUGGUUGAGGUCGACUUCUCCAGCGGGCUGACCAUUGGCCGGUUCCGCGCCCACGAUUACUUUGGCGACGGGUCCUUCUACCUGCUGGACAGCCCCGGCCACGCAGUCGGACACCUGAGCGCCCUCGCCCGCGUCAAUGGGGGUAGGGGCUCGUCAGCGGCUGGGUCCGAAUCGGAGUCGUCGUCAUUCAUCCUGCUCAGCGGCGAUGCCUUCCACCACGUAGCCGAGAUCCGCCCAAGCAAGUAUCUUCCCUUGCCUGAGCAAAUCAGUCCCGAUCCGUUCCAGCCUGCCCAUCAGCAUGAUCAGCCCCACCAUGCGUCCUCCUGCCCGGGCGCCAUGUUCGAAUCACUCCUCACUGGCCGCGGCCGUCCUUCCUGUGGACCGUUUUAUGAACCUGCCAAGCUGGAGCGGCCGUUCCAUGCCGAUCUGGACGCGCUGAGGGAGACGAAAGAGAAGAUGAUGGAGCUGGAUGCGCAAGAGAAUAUUUUGGUGGCUUCGUCGCACGAUGAGUAUUUGCCGGAGGUGGUGGACAUGUUUCCCGAAGGGAAGCUGAACGAGUUUAAGGGGAAAGGAUGGGUGAGGAGGUUGCAUUGGCGGUUUCUGAGGGAUUUUGCAAGAGCCGUGGGCAAAGAGGACUCGGGAGAGAAAAGGGACUGGAGCCCUGUGAAGGGGCAGGAGGAGAGAGGAGAGGGAACGGGGGAUGUAAGCGGGGCGGAGAGGGAAUAGGAGGGUUCGCGAAGGCGCACUUGCGUAGGGUAUAGGGGUGGAAGCAGCAGCGGUUGGGUUUAGUGAGGAGGCACUUGGGGAGUAUGAGACGGCUUCGGCGUUCGUUGUUGGGGCCCGAUGAUUGAUUGGAAGGGGCUUGGCUACCUUAGUAGUAGCCACUUGCAAUGGAAAAGCGCAAAUCGAAACUGUACGUGAUUUGGCGGCGUCUAGGACGAUUUCAAUCCAUGUCGGGACUAGGAAGGAACGGCCAAACGAUGGAGGGUAUCCAGCUAUCCAUGAAUGCUGUCCACAUGAACGAACCAGACAACCUGGAAGCACAAAUCAGGCAUCGAGGAUCAGUUCAUAAGUUCCUUCUAGAAGUUCC